CCGCCAUCUUGUCGUCGCGUCGCCUCCGCCGCCGCCAUAGUCCGGAGGAGACCGACGGAGGAGGAGGCGGCAGCAGCAGCCGCCGCCAGCGUUGAGAGCGGGAGGCGGCGAGGCCCGGCCCGGCCCGGCGAGUGGCGGCGACUGAACUGAGUGACUUUGGCUAGAACUCCAAUUGGCCAGAAGACCAUUUUGAACACGUUGUUUCGCAGCAGUGCAUCAGAGCAAGUGACUGCUUUACUUCUGAGUGACUGUAAGGUGCUUGCCUGCAUUGCAAUAAGACUCAUAUACUGAGCAGGACAUUAUUUAUCUCUUCAUCUUGGAGAGCCUAAUAAACUGUUAUUACAGUUACUGUACUCACUUUCAAAGUUUUGAAGUCAAGAAAGACAUCUUUAUAAAGCAGAACAUGAGUACGGCCAGAACAGAGAACCCUGUUAUAAUGGGUCUCUCCAGUCAAAAUGGACAGUUGAGGGGCCCUGUAAAACCCAGCAGUGGUCCAGGAGGUGGAGGAACACAGGCACAGCAGCAGAUAAACCAGCUGAAACAUCCCAACACAAUCAACAAUGGCACUCAGCAGCAAGCCCAGGGUAUACCCUCUACUCUCAAACCUGGCGAUGACUGGAAGAAGACUUUGAAACUCCCUCCAAAAGAUCUGCGGAUCAAAACUUCGGAUGUGACUUCCACUAAAGGAAAUGAGUUUGAAGAUUACUGUCUGAAACGGGAGCUGCUGAUGGGAAUUUUUGAAAUGGGCUGGGAAAAGCCAUCUCCUAUUCAGGAGGAGAGCAUUCCUAUUGCUCUGUCUGGGAGGGACAUCUUGGCAAGAGCAAAGAAUGGAACCGGCAAGAGUGGUGCCUACCUCAUUCCCUUACUUGAACGACUUGACUUAAAGAAGGACAACAUACAGGCGAUGGUGAUAGUUCCCACGCGAGAACUGGCCCUUCAGGUCAGUCAGAUUUGCAUCCAGGUCAGCAAACACAUGGGAGGGGCCAAAGUGAUGGCAACCACUGGAGGAACCAACCUGCGUGACGACAUCAUGAGGCUUGAUGAUACAGUGCAUGUGGUGAUAGCAACACCAGGGAGGAUUCUGGACCUUAUCAAGAAAGGAGUAGCCAAAGUGGAUCAUGUCCAGAUGAUUGUUCUCGAUGAGGCAGACAAGUUGUUGUCCCAAGAUUUUGUUCAAAUAAUGGAGGACAUCAUUCUCACGUUACCUAAGAACAGGCAGAUCUUGCUCUACUCGGCCACUUUCCCUCUAAGUGUGCAGAAGUUUAUGAAUUCCCACUUGCAGAAACCCUAUGAGAUUAACUUGAUGGAGGAACUGACGUUGAAGGGAGUUACCCAGUACUAUGCCUACGUGACUGAGCGCCAGAAGGUUCAUUGCCUCAACACAUUAUUCUCCAGGCUCCAAAUUAACCAAUCGAUCAUUUUCUGCAACUCCUCCCAACGGGUUGAACUGCUAGCCAAGAAAAUCUCCCAGCUGGGGUAUUCGUGUUUCUACAUUCAUGCAAAGAUGAGGCAGGAGCACCGCAAUCGAGUGUUCCACGAUUUUCGGAAUGGCUUAUGCCGCAAUCUCGUUUGCACUGAUCUGUUUACCCGAGGUAUUGAUAUCCAAGCUGUGAAUGUGGUGAUAAACUUUGAUUUCCCAAAACUGGCAGAGACGUAUCUCCACCGUAUUGGCAGGUCAGGUCGGUUUGGCCACCUUGGCUUGGCCAUCAACUUGAUUACCUAUGAUGAUCGAUUCAACCUGAAAAGUAUUGAAGAGCAGCUGGGGACGGAAAUCAAGCCCAUCCCCAGUAACAUUGACAAGAGCCUGUAUGUGGCAGAAUACCACAGUGAGCCCGUAGAAGAGGAGAAACCUUAACUGCUGCGCUUCACUCAAGCACAGAAGCUAAAGCCCAUUGAUCCGGAUAUGUGACACACUGUUUCUUUGGGAAUGCCCUUCUCUUUUUGGGUUUUUCAUCUUUUCAUUUUGGAUCUAUGAAGAUUAAAGAGCUUUUUUUUUCUUUUUCCCUUUUAAAAAAAUUCUGGCUGUGAGGAAGAAAGCAGAAGAUAGGAAGGAAAUACCUUUUUCGUUUUCCCACUUGUUUGCACUGUGUGCUGACUGAAAUGAGUUGCACUAACUGCUGGUUUUAAUUUCUUUCUUUGUGGAGAAGAAGAACUCUGAAAAGAGAAGACGACUCCUAAACACAAGCUUGACUGCAGUUUCCAGCUCCCUUCCAGCUGCCUGAUUGAGUGCAUUUCAACUUCCCCCGGCUCCUCAUCCGUCUUUAAGCUAAAGAGCUUGUUCCUUAUUUGUGCAAAGUGCCUUAUGCUACGAGACCCUUCAGAAUAUCACCCUUCAGACACAGCCCAAGGAGUCGUUCUGGUUCAAAUCAAAGUCUCUCUCACCUCCAUCCCCUUCCCUCUUCUGUCUCUCCUUCCCCCUCCGAACAAGCUGGGCUGGGAUGUAACACUUGUCAGUAAUACUUUUUGUUUAACCUUUUUUUAAAAAAAGAAUCAAAUGGAGGAGUUGAGAUGCUGUUGCAGUUCACCCACCUUGUAAAUACGUGUAUUUAAGCAAAAGAGAAGCCUGGAGCAUCGGGGUUGAUUCUGUGCAACCUGAGCACCCCAGGAGGAAAGGCCCAGACGUGCUCCCCACCUGCAGCAGGAACCUGUGACAAGCUCUUGUGCUCUGGCAGGACACUACAGGCUGCUUUCUGUGAGUCGCCACUGGUGGUUGCGGCCCUUGCUGAGGAGACUUGGUUCAGAGCCGUGGCAGUCUUUCCUCUCUGAAGUGUGUUCCUCAGAAAAUCAGAUGUGUAUACUUGUAUAGAUUCUGUAAAUAUGUGUUCUUUUCUGUUAUGGGUUCAUAUAUAACUUUUUUCCUUUUUCCUUUGAAGUUUGCUGGGGCUAAAGGGAUUACAGACAGAUCUUGACAGCAGCUAUAGGUGAGAGGGGCUCAGUUUUUUGCAACGCAGUGUCUAAUGCCAAGGGCAGCCCUUGAGGCCUCUUGGGAGGCCAGGCUUCCUCUAGCACUUGCAGCUCUGGGAAAGAGGUCCAGGCGUGGGGCCUCCCCACCCUCCUGACCCCAGUGGUGGCAGCAUGCAUUUCAGGAGGUACAGAUCUGGUUUGCCAUAGUCAAGGCGGAGUAUAACAUGCACAACAUGGAAAUGGUGCUAAAAAGAACCAGAACCACUGGAACCCCCUGUCCAGUCCGGAGAGUUCUCGCGACACGGGCUGCCUCCAGUCCCCUGGUUGCUCCCCCUUGUGCCGUGCCUGUCUGUCUUACAGAGGUUGGAACAGGUCAGGGCAACACCCCCCCUCCCUGCCUCCAGUAGUUUCCUGUCCUGUUUGUCUUGCAUAUGACUGGCAAGUGCUUUAGAGCUACAUAGUGUUGCUUUAAAUUGUGCCCCUCCCAACAUGCUUGAUGUUUGGCCUGAUCUGCAGGCAAAAGGAAUGAGAAUAACCGACCUAUAAACUUCUUCAGACUUCCCUUCGACCAGCAACAGGCUGUCAGGAGGCACCUGGUGGAACACCAGCCUCUCUUCUGGGGCACUAUCUAGUCUGGCACGGCUUUCUUGAUCUGAGGGUGCCCCUAAGUUGUCCUGAAUUGAAAUGAGAAAACCAUCUUUCUACAUCCUCCUGUUCCUUGGAGCGCUGUGCUAGAACCAGGUGCCUCCUGACAACCUCAUUCAAAGUGAAAACGUUUUGUCUAAGUAACUCCAUAGUAGCGUAGCAAAAGCUGCACUUAAAUUCAGCUUGGCUGCUGAGGACCCUUGUGAGGCUGCAUUGAAAAGGCGAACACUUUGGUUUGUGGAGCAAGGGUUAGACGGGAAAUUCUGACCCAAAACAGAAUCUUGCUCCUCUUCUGCAGCCACUCUUGUUGUCCCAGCAGUGGGGACUGAGGGUUAUUUUAGUGCAGAGGGGUCUGUGUACAGAGGUGUUGCAACUGGGCGGCAUGCACACUUGCUGUUGGUGCCCUGUGCCGUAAGUAGGGGUGGGGGGCAGGGCUGCUGUGCCCUGUGCCACUCUUGAAGCACAGCAUUUUAAAGUGGAAAGUAGUAUUACCUUAAAGGGCCUCCUAGAAGAGAAAUGGGACAUGCCUAGAUUCUUGAGCGUUGUUUUCAGGUGUCUUUGGGGGGUCAGGAAGCCACCUGCUGCUCAUCUGUGGCCAUUUCUUUUUAGGACAUAGAAGGACUUGUACAUGGAAAGAUGCUCCAAUUUUUUUUUCCCCAUAUGAAAACAAAUCCUAAGGGUAACUGAAGGUGACUUGCCUUCCUGAACUCCUGAAGGUAGCUUGCCUAAAAUAGUCAUGGACUGCAGCAGCAGCAGCCACCUGGAGCAGUCUCUGGUGUAUGCUCUGGGGUUCCCCUAGGGCACACAUGCCAAGGCGCCCGGUCGGCUGGCUUAGCCCUUGAAGCAGGGACACAAGCCAGCCUUGACCUCCGUGAAUUGGCGUGCUCUUUCCAUCAAGCGCUGCACUUGCCAGCAGGGUGGGGUGGAGGGUGGGAACCUGGUCUUAUUUGGUGCUUUUAAUUUCUUCAGGAUGAGAUGGGAGCAUCUUUCCUUUCCCCUUUGGCUUUUGUGUUAGGAGCUGGGUAAGAUCUUGGAAGCUGGACACAAAGGUGGAGGGGGUGUUAGCGUUAGACAUCUCAUUCUGAUUUUCUUUUAGGAAUGGGUUUGCCUGCACAGGAACUAUUGAUCCAUGCCAGGUACGUCACAAGCCUUGCCUUUUGGGGCGUGGCUGUUGCCAGCUGUAGGCUGACCUCUGCUGCUGGUGCUACAGGGUCCACUGUCUGGUGCAUACCACGAGCGCUGGGCCACUUUUCUCCUGGCAGAGCUUCAGAAGGGUAGCCCCCGCUGGAGCAUCUCUUGGUGACCUCUGGGGGUUGGGAAAGUGACCGAGCCCUCCGUGUCUGGCAGAAUUCUAAAGGCCUGUGCAGGCAUUUGGGGAGGGGGGGGGGAUAUAUUAAGAUACAGUCUUGCUGUAUUUUAACCAGGAAUGGGGGGUGGGUGAAAAUCUGGAAAAAAAAAGUCACUUUGCCCUUUAUUAAAACAACUGGAACAUUUGGGAAGGGGGAAAUGGCUGUUUUGUGUUCAAUUUAAGCAGCCUGGUAUUUUCAUUGGUCCUCAACCCAGGCUAUGUCACUGUGAUCAGUGGGGACUAGAAUUUGAAAGGUGGGGAUGGGUGGGUGGGUGGGUGGGUGGGAGGGAGGGAGGGAGAAUAAACUUUAUUUUGGAAACUGGUAAUUGGCAAAUGUCCACUUGAGCUCAGUUUUUGGUUCCAUGUGCAUUUCUGUACACAAGGUAUGUGGUGGAAGACUGAUUGUCUUGGUGCUGGAAAGCAAAAGCGCUGUAUGGCAAAAAGAAGCUGGCUUAUUUUAAAGAAGAGAAGGAGCUCAAUAAAAGUUAACUGGGACUUGUA